AGAGAGAGAGAGAGAAGUUUAUUGUUAUUGUCAUGUACAGGUACACAACAACGAAGCGAUGCAAACAUACAUACAUGCAUGACCUCUCUAUAAGAACAUGAGUAAAUCAGUUUAGAGACACGGUGCCUUUUUCAGGCUUAGGAGCACAGAAGCAUGUAGCCUGCAUUUGGAUUACAGAAGUUACGAAGUUGCUCCUUUAACAUGCAUAUCAGCCGCAGGAUCUUGACGCCGGGUGGAUGCAUAUUGGAUGAAGGCCAUCAGAGUGAGGUGUGUGUGGGAGGUGUCUUCAUUCACAGAUUCAUUUACUUACCCUCCCUCCUAACCUGCUUAAAUACCCCUCCCUGAAGACUCCUACAGAAUCUCACAGUGGAACCCCAUCAGAAAGUCGGAUACACGCUUCAAACCCUGCACGCUUCAUGUUUCUCGAAGGAGAGCGGAUUAUGAGCGCCUUCGGGCAACAGCCGUCGCCUCAGCAGCUGAGCCCGGUGGCGAACCCGAGCGCCCAGGACGUGUUGGACAUGGCCGCCUACUGCGACAACCUGAGUGCCUAUCACCAUCAUCAUCAACAGCAGCAGAGCGCACACCACCCGUCACCCAGAUCUUCCGUGCAUGCUCCAGCCUAUGGCCUGGCUGAGUACGCAGCUCCAGGUGCAAACCCGUACCUGUGGUUGAACGGCCCUGGUAUCGGCACCGCUUCCUCUCCAUACCUUUCAGGAGGCGCAAACGGGGCCUCGAACUACAUGCAGACUGGUUAUGGAGCGAGUCAGCGCCAGUUCCUGGCACCUCCAGCCGGGUUCCACGGGACCGACCUCGGGUGGCUGACUGUCCCGGGACAACAGGACCUGUUCAAAAUGGUUCGCCCACCAUACUCGUACUCUGCCCUGAUUGCCAUGGCUAUCCAAAACGCACAGGGCAAAAAACUCACCCUCAGCCAGAUCUAUCAGUAUGUCUCCGACAACUUUCCGUUUUACAAGAAGAGCAAAGCAGGAUGGCAGAACUCCAUCAGACACAACCUGUCGCUUAAUGACUGCUUCAAGAAGGUCGCCCGGGACGAGGAUGAUCCCGGGAAGGGCAAUUACUGGACUCUGGAUCCGAACUGCGAGAAAAUGUUUGACAACGGAAACUUCAGGAGGAAGAGGAAGAGACGCGUGGACGCGGUGAAGUCGGAGGACGCGAGCGCGCUCAAGCUGGCGGACACGGCGGGUCUGGCGGGGGUCGUGCAGCGUUCACCGAGUCCAAGCGAACCGAAAUCCUCACCCGAGCCAAGUCCGUGUUUCAACACGUUCGUCAGUACCAUGAACUCGGUGAUGGCAGGAAGCGGUGACGGGGUGAGAGCGCGGGACACCGGCGCGCUGCUGGCGGAUUUAACGCGGGGCCGGGACGGGGUGUCUCCCCUGAGCACCUACUGCCCCGGAGACACAGCGCCUCCAAACGACCACGCUCACAUGAGCCACAGACUGAGCUAUUACAGCCCUGGCUUUGGUAACCACUUCAGCGUCAACAAUUUAAUAUACAACCGAGAGGGAACUGAGGUUUAGGCCAAACUUGGACAUACAAACUGGGAUCUUACUGCGCUCUGUGAGCGCGCACCUCACGUGUUCACGUUUAUUUAGGGUAUUUCUUUUACACAGUCCCAAACCAAACGCACUGUUCAGUUCUGUAAAUAUCUAUACACACAGUAAGCCUUCCAACUUUGCAAUCGAUAUAUCAGGCCUUAAUGCUGCAGGGCUUCUGUAAAGAAAAACAACACUGCAUUGACUUGUACAGUGUUAACACUUACACUGCUCCUGUAGACUUCACUCAGCAGAAGCAUGGUACUGUGUAUGCAACAUGAUCAUGGACCUUAUUAUUAUGAUUUUUUUUGGUUAUAACUAUAUUUCAGUAAACAUGUUGCAAUGUGUUCAUGGGUCACAGUGUCAACUUUUUGUAACAUUUCAUCCACGUUUUGCAGAUUCAUGCCGAAUGUCGUAUGGUUUAUUUAAUUAAUGCAUUGUAUUUUGUAAAUUAUGUUGUAAAUAAACUGUGUUUUAAACAAUAUUUGUUAGUACAUCAUUAUUAAUAAUCAUUAAU